CAGACUGCACUCCGCUCAUCAGUGCAGCCUCCUCUGGUAAGCUCCGUCUUGUCCGCUUGCUGGUGGAAGGUGGGGCUGAGGUGAACGGCUGCAACCCCAGAGGAGAAACGGCCCUUUUGGCUGCCUGCAAGGGCUUGAGAAGUGAAUCUGCUGGACCUGAGACUGUGAAACUCCUCACAUACCUGCUGCAGAAUAAGGCAGAUCCUAAUAUUCAAGACCGAGCUGGUCGUACUGCUCUGAUGUACACCUGCAUGGAGCGAGCAGGGCUUCAUGUAGCAUCCAUCCUCCUGGCUGCAGGAGCCGACCCGACCAUGGAGGAUUACUCUGGAGCCUCAGCUUUGCUCUACGCCAUCAAUGCACAGCACCACCCCACAGUUCAGUUUGAGGCUUCCUUACAGCCUCCGCCAGAGUGGUCGAAUGUGAUUAAUCCCUCACCAGCGCUCAUCCAUCGCAGGUAUUAAUGGAUGCCUGCAAGGCCAGGGGUCGUGACAUCAUCAUUAUUGCCACAGAGAUGAGUGCAAAUGGAGGCCUAGUGACCAGGCGUUACCUGAAUGUUCCCCCAUCUCCAGACACCUCACCAGUGUCCUGCAUGUCCCCAUCUGAUAUUGUCCUUAAGACAGGCUCACCAAACUCACCUGAGGGAGAGAACAUCUUCAAUUUCAGAGGAGCAAGCAAACAUGGAAGUAGCAUCAACAGGAGCAGAAGCGACAGCAGACAUCCCUCCAGUAAGCUGAGUCCACUGAGCCACUGUAGCAUUUCAGCUCCCAGAAAGAGGGUAUCAUCUGAACCGUGGCUAGCCAUUCACAACCUGGCCUGCCUGAACAGAGCUUAUGAGGAAGGCAUGAGGGAGAGGAGCCUGAAGGAAGAGGGAGACUGGCAGGAUUUGAGCAAGGAGGCAGGAGGAAAAGAGAAUGAAGGUGAGGAGCUACAUUUUCAGCAGUCCAAGGAUGAGGAGAGCAAGGAAGGCAUGGCUCAAAGGAGGGAUAAUAUGUAUGGAGGAGAGAAUUACAGCAGCUCCAGCAAGGAUUUCUCUUUGAGGGUUUCUCAGUUGGUUCCCUUGAUUACCGAGAUGAGCUCCUCUCGUGCAAAGCAGAGCUCUGCUGUCCAUAAGACGACUCUGACAACAGGAGGGUCAACAAUAGAGAUGAAGCUUCCAGUAUGUCCGUCCCCUUACAUGCAGCUCCGCAGGAACACCCUCCCCUCUGUCACAGUGGUCCCACCUCUCCCUCCCUUAGUGAACCGAUCAGACUCUCACCUUCAGGCAUCAACUGCUGCACCUUCCAAAUGCAGGGCCACUGCGAUUCUGCCUCAUCCACCCAGCUCUUCUCCCCCGUCCUCUUCCUCGAAAGCAUCAGUGAGACUCACAUUACUCCCUCCACUAGCCCUCACCUCCUCUACCUCUUCCCUGGUUGCGCCUGCUGCUUACAGCGAGAGAAGCAGGAGGUCUUUGCGUCGGCACUCUGCACAACUUGAAGAAAUCAGAGGCUUGCACAAGAACCACGAAGACUUCUGAGAAUUUAUUCUGCCUGAAGCAAAAUCAUUACACUGUCUUUUGUUUUUUUAUUUUUAUUCAAAUUUCAAGCAGGAGUCUGACUUCUAGGCUACAUUGAGGUUUGUUUGGGUA